UUUUUCUGUUUUCUUUCCUUAUAAUCAUGAAAAUCUCUGCUGGGGGUCGUGAUUUUCAAACCAUAAUUUAGAUUAAGUUUUGGGCUUGGGAAAUUAUUUUGAUUAAUAUUCCUAUAGUUCUAAGGGGGAAGUUAAGUUUCACUUUAUCUCCAACUUUUUCUGACGUUCAGCUCAGCCCCCCACUUAAAUUCAAUUUUUGUUGCUGUCUUUUUAAGGAUCUUUCCCUCUUUUUUUUUUUUCUGCUAUUGAAAGUACUUCUCCUUUCUUUUUCCCAUUUUUUUCCUUUCCACCAUCUGAUAAAGGAUAAAGGACCCAAAGAAAAAAGUUAACAUAUUUGUUUGUAUCAUACCACUGCUGUUGUAAUCCCCUCUCAAAGUGUAAUAAAUAAAAACACCCUUCUUUGUUUGCUUGUUUUGUUUGUUUCCUUCCUAAGACUAUCUUUUUCUCAGAAGCAAAGGGUAUUGGAGUGGUUAAACAACCUACUAUGGAAGGAGGUUCAAAGCCUCCUCCUCCUCCUAUGUUGGAGAGAAGGGCAAGGCCUCAAAAGGAUCAAGCUUUGAACUGUCCAAGGUGCAAUUCAACCAACACCAAAUUCUGCUACUACAACAACUAUAGCCUCUCUCAGCCAAGGUACUUUUGCAAGACAUGUAGAAGGUAUUGGACUGAGGGUGGUUCUCUCAGAAACGUUCCUGUCGGUGGUGGCUCUAGAAAGAACAAAAGAUCAACCCCAUCAGCGCCACCACCAUCAUCAGCAUCAGCACAAGCAAAGAAGCUUCCUGAUCUCACAACACCUAAUUUCCCUCAAUCUGCUUCCCAGGACCCUAAGAUCCACCAAGGCCAAGACCUUAACCUAGCAUAUCCACCAGCUGAAGACUACAACACUGUGUCCAUGUCAAAGCUCAUUGAGGUUCCUUACAACACUGAAUUAGACAAGGGUGGCCUUCAUCAAAACCCUACUUCCUCAUCAACACCAACAUCUGCAUCUUCUCACCAUCAGUUGUCUGCCAUGGAGCUUCUCAAGACUGGGAUUGCUGCUGCUUCCUCAAGGGGUUUGAACUCCUUCAUGCCAAUGUAUAAUUCAACUCAUCAUGGAUUUCCCUUGCAAGACUUUAAGCCACCACAUCAUGGCCUUAACUUCAGUCUUGAGGGGUUUGAUAAUGGUACUUAUGGGGGUCUUCAUCAGGGAAUUCAAGAGGAUCCUACUACUGGUGGUGCACGGAUCUUGUUUCCUACUGUGGAGGAUUUGAAGCAGCAGGUUCCAAGCACAAAUGAGUUUGAUCAUCAGCAGAAUAGAAGUCAAGAGGGUUCAGCUCAUGGGUAUUGGAAUGGCAUGUUAGGUGGAGGAUCAUGGUAGAUAUUAUAGAAAAAAAAAGAACAGGGGGUUGUUGCUGUUUUAGCCUUUAUUUUUAUUUUAUUUUCUUAAUGGGGGGAGUGUGGUUGUGUUUGUGUUUGGAGUGUGAUCAGAACCACUAACAAAAAUAGGGUACAUGGCUUCUUUCUGUUUUGCUUCUCUCUUUAAUCCAUUUCAAUUUUUUUUGGUCU